CAACGCAUUAACCUCAGAUGUAAACAUUUACGGUUGAAAGCAUUGUUGCGGAGUAUUUGAUAAUGUAUCGUACUCAGGGAAAAGCCUUUACGUAAACUAGGUUUAAAGUGGUUUUAAUAUUUGAUUAGGGUGCCCAUAGGCUGGUGAUUUUAUUCUGUUCUAUGGCAAAUGUUUGAACUAACUCAUGAAUAGAAUGCACAUGUAUACAGAAUAUCAAUACACCAAAUGUGCGGUUAGCGAUUAGGUUCAACGGAGCGAGUGCGCGAUGUAAGCAGUGAUGUAGAUACAUGCAAGUGACGAUUCCAAAGACAUCUGCCCGGCGCAUUCAAUGGACGAAGCGCGACUCCGUUUUCUAGAGACGCUGACCGCCGGCUUGGAGAGCAUGCUGCGUACCGGAAGUCACGCCGACACCACCAUCGUCGUCGACGGCAGGGUGUUCCCCUGUCAUAAGGUGGUGUUGAGUGCGAUGUCACCGUACUUUGAAGCGAUGUUCAACCACGACAUGAUAGAGACGCGCGGGGGCAUUGUCACCCUGUACGACAUAGAGCCCGACGUAUUUGACUGUCUAUUGCGAUACAUGUACACAGGUGUCGAGGUGGUUGAUCACAAUAACGCGGAGCAGAUCUUCAAGGCCUCGUCCAUGUUACAGAUACCCUGUCUCCAGCAGCGAUGCGAGGACUUCCUUCUGACCCAAGUGUCCAAGGACAACUGUCUCGGGAUCUGGAAGAUCGCCAGGGCGCACAAUUGCAAAAACCUCGCGGAAAUAACUCUUAUCAGCAUUGUAGAACAUUUCCCAGAGAUAUGUAAUUCGGACGAUUUUCAAAGUUUGGAAGUGGAUGAUAUGGUGGCGCUGUUAAGCAGCGAGUCACUCGCAGUUCCGAAUGAGGAGAGCGUCUGUGAUGCUGUGGUGUCAUGGCUGAAGUUUGAACCCUCCCGCCAAUCUCAUUGUGCAGCCAUAUUCGAAGUCCUCAGAUUGCCGUUGGUGACUCCGGAAUAUCUUUUCAGUCUUUUAGAAGAAGAUUUAAACAUGGGUGACAAGGCUAGCGAUUGCAUUCAAGACGCGUUUAAGUUUCACUUGUUUCCUUCGAGGCGAGCACAUUUCUCUUCCAAACGGUUCCAACAACGUAGGCAUAGCGAGCGGAAUGACUGUUUGGUAAUUAUAGGCGGCUUACUUAAAACAGUUCCCCGGUUCCAGACGACAAAAGAGGUCGUCUGCUACAGUUUUCAGCAGCAGCAGUGGUUCUAUUUGCCGUCAAUGCCAUACGAUCCAGGCUACGAAUUCGCGGUCUGCUCGCACGGGUCGGAUAUCUACGUAUCCGGCGGUUGGUUGAAGCUGCAAGGGUUGGCCGUCUACAAAUCUGAGCAAAACAAGUGGAUCGUCUGCGACACGAUGACAAAUGGCCGGUGUGGUCACUGCAUGGUCGCCACUACUAACGCCAUUUACGUAUUUGGCGGCAGAGACGGGACGGCGCCUGCGUUAAAUAAUAUAGAAGAAUUUGACCUCAGGUCGAAGAAAUGGCGAAUCGCUGGCGAACUGAUUUUAGGCAUUAGAUCAAUGUCGUCUGCCGUCGCCGGUGAGGCUGUGUUCUUAUUCGGUGGGAUCACCGAAACUGAUAAAGACUCUGACAAAGUGCAGUGUUUUGACACUCGUUUCGGCACUGCAACAAUCAUUGGCGAUCUUCCUUUUGCAUGUCGGAUCACACGCUCUGUUACCAUAGAUAAACAGGUGUACAUUAUCCUCCCCGAUGGACGGGUAGUAGCACUUGACGAUUCGUUCACCUCUCGAAAAGCAAUCAAGUCCCUAUCAGAACUUUCGUUUUCUUUUGACACGGAAGACUCCGACCGUCCUGCAUCGCAGAUUCCCUUGACCUCCCUUAGGGUGUCUCCUCUCCUACCCUCCCCAUCCUCACCGAAAAACUUCCCUGUUCGGGUCACAGAGAAGGAAAACGCGCUCGGAAAAGUUGCUGGUAAGAUAAGUGGCUUCAACCAGCAUCAUUUUGAAGCGAUCCAGCACAACGGGAAACUUCACUUGGUCGGCGGCAAGACCCCAGACAACACGAUCUUGCGAGAUAUAGUGGUGGUUGACCCAGACGGAUGUAAGAUGGUAGGGCAGAUAGAAAUGCCGGCCGCAAGGUGGUGUUUCGGUUGUGAGAAAAUUGUCAUUCGUAAGGAGUACCUCCAGAAUGCAAUAGGGGUUGUGUAAUGUAUAUUCUUAUAUACAUUGUUUUUUCGAUUGUGUCAACAAUAUAAUUUUACUUUUUAUUUAACAAUAACUAUUAUUAAUUAAUGUAUUACAUUACCUUCUGAUAUCGACCCGAUAACACCUACAAACAGUUUUGUUAGGUCACUGUCCGAUAACACAAAUUAAGCCCCGCCCACAUUUGCGAUUGUCAUGCAAUGUCUUCUGAUUCUAUUGUCACAUUCAAUUGAUACUAUUUUUGUUGGAGGUUUUAACAUGUUGAUGAAUGGGGGGCAUCGUGAUUUCAACAGUGCUGAAGAGAAAAUUAGUAAAUAGUACACAUCAUCAAUAUGAGUGCAAAAGUACAUGAUGAAAUAAGAAAACGUCAAUGUAAUAAAAUCGCUUCAAUACCAUUUCAAGUCGAACAAUCGCCAUCUACUGUAACUAACAUGCCUGUUUAAUUUUCUUAUUUUAAAGCCUCAUCUUUCGAUCCAAAAUUCACAAUCAUGACAAUAUCAACUGUGAUAAUAAACGCGUAAAUCAUUGUUCUGCUGACGUGUUCGCUGUGUUGGCAACAGGGUAACACAUCUCAUUUUACAUCACAAUCGUGCUUACGCUUGUGCUUGCAGCCAUUAAAUUAACACAACGUGUAGCUUUGCAAUACAUCUACGUCAAUUAAAGACACUUAUUAAGAAUUCCGCUGGUAAUCAUUAAGAAUUGGUACGAAUUAAUUGUUUGUGUUGUUUUAUAGUUUUUACAAUUCACACAUUUGAAUGAGGCUGUCCGCACAUACUGAAGUGUGCUGUAUGUGUUUGUUUAUGAAACAUAUUGUAGUUGUUUAAUGCUUUAUCUCACGACAAGUAACACUUUCUCGCUUCAAGUUUUUGUUUAUUGAUUAACUAUGUGCUAAAAUGAUGUAUUGAUUAAGUAUGGCUGAAAUGAUAUAUUUAUUCAAUAUGUGCUAAAAUGAUAUUAUGUAUUACUUUAUCAAGAACUAUUUCAUAUGUUAAUAACGUAUCGAUCCAUGUUGACCUUAUUAGGUUGUCUCAUUUACAUGUUGUGCAGUACUGUAAAUUGCUAAAUUUUAGCGGGUUUUAUGUUGAUUUAAUUAUUUUUGUCAUAUUUUUUGUGUAUAGAAUUUGCAUUAUAAUUUAAAUACAUAAAUACUGUCUUAUAAUAGAAGAUUGAUUUCGGACUCGGAUGAAUAUCGGCAGGAGAGCAUCGGCAAGCCUCGACUUACUUUUGCCGUUAUCAUCUUCGUUGGAUAUCAUUAUCUGUUAUCAUAUUCUCUGUUACUGACUUACUUUUUUACCGAUGAUAUUUUUAAUUUAAUUUUGUUUCGCGAAUUCUUUCCGUGCAUGUUAUUGUAACACUAUUCAUUUAUUUAAAUAAUGCUAGUAUAUUGGUGGACAAAUUGUACAAAUAUCAUUAUGUAAGUAUAUUGGAUGACUAGUGAUACACAUAUAAUAAUGUUAAUAUAUUGGAUGACUAAUGUCACACAUAUAAUAAUGUACGUAUAUUGUUGGACUAACGGUACAAAUAUAAGAAUGUAAUUAUAUUGGGUGACUAAUGAAACAAAUAUGAUACUGUACGUAUAUCGAAUUACUAAUGAUUCAACUAUAAAUAUGUUAGUUUAUUUGUUUACUAAUGCUACAAAUAUAAAAAUAUAAGUAUAUUGGGUGAUUGGUUAAACUACUUAACGUUUAGAAAUGUCAAUUUAGGAGAAAUUCAAAAUUGAAAUGUUAUUUCUGU